CUCGUAGAAUCCAGGAAAAAGUAGAAUGAAGACAGAGAAAGGGCAUUGGGCAUGGAGCCUCUGGAAAAAGCCUUUGCAGUAGUGGAAGAGGUUGUUGGAAAAAUAUGCAGAUCUCUGGGACCAGAAGCUCAGAAUCAUAUCAACCAUGACAGGCUAUUUACAAAAGCAGAAAGACAAAUAAAAAAUGGCUUGUCAAUUGAGGUAGCCUCCAAGACCAUUGUGAGUGCUUUGAUGCCGGAUAUUCAAGCUACCUUGAAAGAAAAAGUAAAGGACCAAGAAAGUUAUGAUGUUCAGGAGAAUGACUUGCCUGGAGCCAAUGAGGAGAACAUAGAACCAACUGUCUUCUCACCUGAAUUGAGAGCAAGCACUUCUCGUAGCCCAGUGUACUCAGACAUCCAGAAUGGUUCAUCAGCAAGGGAAUCAAGUCAGUCUUCCUCUACAACGCUGGAUUCACCACAGUCUGCAGAGUCUCAGAGUUCAUCUACCGCCAUGACAUUGAAUGACUUUUCGGAGAUCAGUGUGCUGACACCUGAGCCCCCUAAACCAGCUCCUGUCAUUGAUAUACUUGAUGAUAGUUUCUCCUCCCGUCCAUCAUCUAGGAAUAGUGACAUCCUUAUAGUAGAAGAAGUGGAGAAACCAAUGAAGCCUAGUGCUAGAACUGAAGAGGGAACAUGUGAUGACACAAAGAAGAAUGAAGAUAUAAGCAAAAUUUUGUCCAUGCUUCAUGAUUUGGAGAAGACUUUGGGCUUGGCCAAGGCAAAGGAAAGUGAGCAAGAGGUAAAAGAAGAGCCAGAAAAUGAAAAUGAAAAAGAUACAAAACAGUCCAGAAAUUUCAAUAAAAUGUCUUCUGAUGAAGAGAGUUAUAGUAAAGAUUCAAAAGUAAUGGCUGAUGAAUUGCAAAAUUCUUCAAGCUCUUCUGAAAGUAAAAGUGAUGUAAUUGGAAAUAAGUCUACAAAGAUAGAAAAUAUAGUAAUAAAUGGAAUGAAUAGUUUUAAGAUCGAAAAAGAAUUAGCAGAAGCCAAAGCAAAUAGUUAUACUGAUGAAAACAGAAACAAGAAAACUAAUAUAAAUGGCUUGACAAAUAUGCUGAAUGAAAACACAGUUAAUCAUAAUCAUCCUUCACAGGAGCUUUGGUUAGAUGCUCACUUUGUAUGUUCGUUGCUUCCAUAUUUUCAACUAAAUGAUGUGUACCAAAGUAUGUUUGAUAAUUACUAUCAUCCAGACCGCAGGGCAUAUGUCUUAGGUUUAUAUAUAGAGUUAGCAGUUGAUCAAGGGGAGAUGGUACCAGACAGGGUGUUUCAUGGCCUGCGUGCUGCAAAAAAACGCCCUCAUGGGGAUACUGUCGGGUCAGGUUCAAAUGCUGUUGUGAAGAGGCUCAAAGUUGAGGAAGGUGAUGCAAAAUGUGUCAGUGAAAUCAAGCAGUGGCAGCAGCCAGUGGGUGAAACAAACCAGUUGUUGAGUGACUCUCUCCCCUCUACCAGUGGUGCUGUGGUUCCAAAAGUAGCAGCAGAUAGUACAUUUAAAGAUGAACAUGUUAAGUUCUUCGGAACUGCUGUAGAUACUCCUAGUGCUGCGAGUAGACUGGAUGAAAACAAACAGGAAAAUGAUUAUUGGACUAGUGAACCGAAAGACGUUCAAGAUGAAAGACAGAAGUGGUGUGAAGAAAAAGUGAACUUCAUUGCUGAAGUGAUUCCUGGUGUUGAAAAAGGUUCUUUGAGAGUGCAGAUACAGAUGUGUCAUAGUGAUACUGAUGUGGAGAGAUUGAUAGUAAGACUAAUGGAAGAGGGUCCUCCCCCUAAUCCUCCAGACAUCCCACAAGGGUAUCCUCCCUCCCUUGUCUCCCCAGACCGACCAGAAACCAGUGCUUUCCAACCUGUGGAACGAGCAAGUACUAGUGCUUUCCAGCCAUUUGAACAGGGAAGCUCCAAUGAUAGCUCCCCAGCAGCCAGUUCGAGUGAAAGCCAGGCCGCUGGGGAAGGCAGUGAUGAGGCCAGUGGUGUGGAAGUAGAGGAAAAGAUUAUGGCCCAUGUAGCAACACUGUGUGAAAUGUUCAGUGAUGCCGACCCAGAUUACCUUCAGGAGAGGUGUGUGGGCAUUAAUGGGGAUCAGACCAAGUUUGAAGGACUAGUUGACGAGCUGAUGGAAAAGAAGGACUAUCCCAAGAUGGAAGAGUAUCUGAAACGGCAAAGCGUUAUGGAGAUAUAAGAAGAAAUUCAUUGAAGGGAUGACUGUUGAGGAGUUUUAGAUAAGUAUUUUGAGAAUCCAGAACAGGUCUUUACUGAUAUUGAAAAGAAAGUAAGUCCAACAUAUGUUGACAAUGCACGAGCACAGCUGAUGAAGGACCUACCAUAUCACCUAAAAAAAGAUGUUGAUAAUGAGCUCCGUAAACAUAAUUAUCAUUACCUUCCAACACUUAGGGCAUUACAGAACAACAAAAAGUUGAAUAGACGCAAGACAAAGAGGACAAGUCCAUUAAAGCAGAGAGAUUUAGAUGACAUAUUUAUAAAGGAGCUAUGCUAUGUAGGGAUGGAAGUCCAAAUCAAAGAGCAUCUUGUGAAGAAAGAGGAAAACAAAAGAAGAGCAUUUCUAUGGGUAAG